AUUGAUCUCUCGAUCUGUAGUUCAGCGCUCGCAUUAUUCGAACCCACGGAGGCGAACUGACCUCUCGCUCGGAGCUCACUUCUUCAGAGACGAUUUUCCUUCCGUGUUCAAGCCCUGUUGAAGAACCCGAGAAUGGCCUCCGGUGGGGAAAGCUCAAAGGUGCCGGAAGAUGCCGAUCCAUGGAAAGUUCCAGAUUUCACAAAAGAUGACAACCCGAGCGGAGUCGUAUGUGAAUCAUCAUUCGCCAUGCUCUUCCCGAAAUACCGUGAAAAGUAUCUGAAAGAAGUCUGGCCCCUCGUGAAGAAGACUUUGGGAGAGCAUGGAGUGGAAGCAGAGCUCGACGUGAUAGAAGGCAGUAUGAUCGUCAAGACGACCAAGCAAAUGUGGGAUCCGUACAUAAUCAUUAAAGCUCGUGAUCUGAUCAAAUUGCUGUCUCGGAGCGUUCCCUUCGAGCAGGCCGCGCGGAUCCUCGAGGAUGACAUUGCUUGCGACAUCAUAAAGAUCGGGGGAAUGGUCCGGAGGAAAGAUCGAUUCGUCAAAAGACGACAGAGACUGGUCGGACCGAACGGCGCUACGCUGAAAGCGAUGGAAAUUCUCACAGAUUGCUACGUACUCGUGCAGGGUAACACCGUAUCGACGCUCGGACCGUACCGCGGUCUGAAACAAGUCCGGAAAAUCGUUGAGGAUUGCAUGAAUAACAUACAUCCCAUCUAUCACAUCAAGACGAUGAUGAUUAAGAGGGAGUUGGCGAAAGAUCCUGAGCUUAAGGAUGAAAAUUGGGAACGCUUCCUGCCAAAACUCGUCAACAAAAACAUUUCGAAGAGAAAACAGCCCAGGGUCAAACGAACGAAGGGAGAGUACAACCCGUUCCCCCCAGCCCCACCGAAAUCGAAGAUCGAUACCGAGCUCGAGACUGGGGAGUACUUCCUCAAAGAGGUCGAUAAACGCAAACGUAAGCGGAAGGAACAAGCCUAGGGCUCGCGAAUAUCCGACUUUCCCCCAGGGAGAUCCAGGGAAGCUGCAGCGCGGGCACGAAUCGGGGGAGAAUCGGAAUAUUUCAGUGCUCUUCCAUGGCCAUCGACGAACGGGAUUGAUACAGAAGUUCGC